AUGGCGUGGAAGCGGGGUCUGGCCCUGGGUGCUCUGCUCCUGGCCUUGCUGGCGCUCCAUUGGAGGGGCGACGCGAAGAUUAGGGAGACGCUCAACCUGAACGUCGCGGAGGGCGAGUUGCGGCCCAAUGCCACGGACAUCACGAGUGUCUUCACUUCAGUUCCUCUAGAUCAGGGCGACUGGAGCACCAGCGUUGGGAGCAGCGUCGGGAGCACCAGCCUGUCCAAAGACGACCUCCCUGAGCUGCGACCGCCAACCUUGGAGCCCUUGGAGAAGAUGUACUUGGAAUACAGCAAGCCGUGCAAGAGCAAUUGCUUAGCGGUGGCGGGGGAGCCGGAGUUCGUGUGCAAAAGGCCCUGGUGGGGCUGCUGCGGCCCCGUGGCCAGCAGCCACGAGAGCGUGGUGCUGCCCCACGACCGCGUGGCCGUGGUGGUGGCGCGGUGCCAGGGGAACAUCAACCACGACUUCCACGAGAACUUUUGGUUGCUCCUUUGGUGGGCCACUUUGUACGGGGACAGCGACUUCGCCAUCCUUGUGGACCGCGAGAACGAGCGGCCCGGCGCGGCCUGCUUCAAUGCCUCCCACUGGACGGAUGACCUCUUCUUCAGCGUGGCGCGUCAUUUGUCCUGGAAGGUCUACCGGCGAGCGUCGGGGGUCCGCUACUGCGCAGCGGGGCGGCUGCAUCCCAUCGCCUCCCUGAGACACGAGCUGCGGCCGAGGCAGCUUUUGCCCUAUGCCAAGCAGCUGAUUUGGCUUUCCGUGCUUCAUCGCCCUCCUGCGGAAACAGCCGAUCGGAUUCUCAUCUACUCCCGGGGCCGGUCCAGCUGGCGGCGGAUCCGAGACCCGGAGCGGCUGCGGGAACUCUUCCACCAGCGCUUCGCUGUGGAGAUCCGGGCGGAUGUGCCGCGGCUGCUGGUGGAGCAAGCCCGGCUCUUCGCAGACGCCUCGCUGGUUCUGGCGCCCAAUGGGGGCUGGGCCCCCAACGUGAUCUUCAUGCCGACCAGGUCCUGUCUGGUGGAGCUUCACCUUUACAAGGCCGACAGCUGGGUGGCCAGGUAUGGCCUUUCACGGGCCAUCGGCGAGCUCCUCCAGGUGGUUGGGGACUACCACGAUCCGCAGAAGGCCAAAGUUAUACGCCCGAAACGGAUCGGCGGUGAUGAUGAGAUCCUGGUGACAGGCGGCAAAGACAACUUGUUCAAGGACGUUCUCCGGAAGAUGCAAAGGCCCGCCCAGGAGAGCCGAAGCACAACUUCCAGGCCGCUUCAGAUCUGGGAGCGGCACCGUGAGGAUUAUCCAGAUCCUGCCGCGCCGACACCUUCUCAGGCCUCAGGCCGGAAGUACAUCCCGGCGGCGGAGCUGGUCCAGAUGCGGCCCAUCCCGGAGAGGAACUUUAGCGGAGUGAGCCACUACAAGCAGCACCAGGCUGAAGCUCAGCAGGCGAGGCAUGACUACUUCCCCUACAGGGAUGAGUUUCAUCCAAGGUCAAAGCGGCUGCUCUAUGAGAUGGCCUUCAACAAGGUCGACAGGACGGAGAGCGAAGACUCUCGAAGCUGCUUCACGCUGCCCAGCACCACCGUCAGCCACAAGUCCAAAAGCACGGGGAGCUUGGCAUCAGAGCCAGCACGCUCCGCGUCCAGCGGCCGCCUCCCAACUGCAGACUCCCUGCGGGUGGGCGGUGGCAAGCCCGGGGCGCUGGCCAUGCGCCGACGCCAAGCCUUCCUCAGGUCACCUAGCCAGUCCCACGUGGAUCGCGAAUGGUACCUGCAGGUUCACGAGAAGGAGGGCCCAGCUGCAUUGGGGACAGCCAACUACAACCCGCGCUUCUACAACGGCAGCAUGGACAUGUACAGCCAGGCCAUCGCGGGAAUGUCUGCGUUGCUGGACGGCGAGAGGGAGCACGAGCCCCGCCAGCCCAAGUGA